AUGCGCGUGCUAGCUGUGGACAACGGUAAACUAUGCGCACUGUCACCCAAUCGAAGUCUUUACGCAAUAGUCAAAAAGGGUCUGGUUGUUGUGUUUAUUGACUACGUCCGCCGCACCUGCCAGCUGAAGGGGGAAACCGCCACGACGCCCAAUGAUGUUGUUCCCCCUGUAUCAAACGGUGAUGUCGUGCCCCCCGCGUGUCGGAACGAUUCGGUCAUAUCAAAAUACACAGCUCUCGAUGAAAUACACGAACUUCAAUGGUCACCUGACAGUACGCUUGUGGCCUUAUUGCUGGCGCGAAGAGGAAUUAUAGAAAUUGUGAGUGUGUAUGGAAAGAUCUGCGUAGCUCGCGUGGAUGCCGGGGUGGUGGGACUCCGCGCUAUGCAUUGGCACCCGUCGUCUCGUGCAGUAUAUUGGGUUGGCCUUUUGCAUGCGCAUGUGUUUUCUCUCCUGGAUAGUCAGCUAAUGCAACUACCGGGAGGUGUGAAGUACUCCGCCCAGUUGGCAGGGCUGCGGCUGACUGUACCGUCACAAGGACAGCGUAAUGCGUCGCCACUCCGCUCUCGCAGUGGUGGUAGAAAAGUCGGAAGUGAUGAUAGAAGUGGCGGUAGUUUGUGGCCAGGCAAACCUGUCAGCGAGGCUGCCCUAAUCCGGUUCUCUUUGUGUCAUCGCUUCCUGUUCUAUGUAACACCGAAACUACUGCACUCGCCACUCUCGGCAGUUCAUGCGGAAAAGGAUUCGGUGCAUUCGGCAUCCAGCGAAGAUGCUCUUCAGUCACAGGCGGCCAUGGAACAAACUAACGCCGACUCUAAAUGUUUUCAGAGGCGGAGUGAGUGGCUUGUUGUGCUGUCGGCCACGACACAUGAGGGGCUUCACGCCUUCUCAAUUGCCAAAUUUGUACCUUGUGUUUCGGACUGCAUUCCACUUCAAGGAGGUAUCGCGUUAGUAGAUUACACUCAAGGCUCCGUUGCGCUUACAACUUACGAUGGCACCCGUUUGCUACAUUAUGAGCCAACGGGUGUGCGAAAUGUGACUGCUUCGAAGUGUGGCAAUGUGCUUCUUAUUGUGUUCGGAAGGGCAUGCCGUGCAGUGAUCGCUUCCAAGAAGCGGGUAGUGGCAUUACGGCGUAUCUUUUUUGAUUCUGACGUUGUGCUUCCUUUUAAAAUGGGGGAGCUAACGGUGAUGGAAGAACCUUCGUCACCGGAGAAGUCUUUUGUGGAAUUCUUACAGUUGAGUGGAGGGGAUAAGCGGAACUCGAGUGAUGUUGCGUGUCUAGGGAAGUAUGACGGAUGGGCAGCUGCUGGGGAUGACAAGGAGCUCGGUGCUGCCGGUCUGGCAGCAAUCAGUGCAUCCGGGAAGUUGGCAGCUGUUAUAUUACCGCUGUGGCCCAGCACUGUUAUUGUGAUUGACGUUGUUCAGCAGAGAGUGUUGUCGGUUUUAUGUCACCGCGCGAAUGCAGUGGGACUAUACUGGCCGCCUUCACCACACUCGAAAUACUGGCAGUUCCAGCGCCGCCAUUACAUGCAGCCGCUUCGGCAUGGGAGGGAUGAUGGUACGGGAAAGGUGGCGCAGGGUGGCAGUGCGUCCUGCGGUGAUGGAAGUCGGUCUACCGCGAGUACGUCUGUGGGGCAGGACGAACCGUUACUCAUUACAACGGACAAUUGUGAGUCCAAAGUAUUCGUUUGGCUCUCCGACCGCGCGAUGUGCUUUGCAGCAGCAGGGCAAGGGUGCCCCGUUAGCGCCGGAGGUGCCUUGUAUAUGUGCCCGCGGAAGGUAGAUGCGCUCUCUCAUAACGCGAGUGGUGCGCUUCGAUUGAGGGUAAACCGCGGUAUGUUUGGUGAGGGGGCGGAAGGAGUUGUUUUGGUGGAUGAUGUGCAGGAAACUGCUGUCAUGGUGACGCUCGAUGGUGAAACGGGUGAGAUUUGA